GUUAUCCUCUUAUCACCGAUACUAAUACUGAUAAGACCCUAAUAAAAUAUUAUUUAACUCAAUGGUAAAAGAUACGAAAUUUGUAAAUGCAAACAUGAAGUGUUUUCAUAAAUAAUGAUAAAGAUUUAUCAGGAAAUGAAAAUAAAUUGGAAGUGCCGUUUUUUAUUAUUAGUAAUCAAUAACUGAAAGGUAAUCAAAGUUGUAUGCGUGAACAGUAUACUUUUUCGCGGUUUAAUCUUAAUUAUGCGAAUAAACAUUCAUAAAGUUAAGUUCAUUUCGAAAUAACCGUGUGCGAAUCCGUACUAAAUUAAGAAGACGUCGAGCUUACACAUCUAAAUUGGAAGUUUUAAUGUAGUGAAGAAGUGAGUGAGUUAAUGUUAAUAAUGGACGAUGGGUGCCGUCUUUUUGACCCACGUGAUUUACACCAAACGGAGAUGCUACUAGAACGAUACCCCACGUCAGAAAGUCCACUAGAUCUGCGUGGUCAACAGGGAAACCAAAUAGAAGGUAAUAAACAGAAAGAUGAUAUUUAUGGUAAAGAAAAAGCAUCCCCGAAAAAAUCUUCGAGUCUCAUCAAACCGCCUUACUCCUACAUUGCGUUGAUUACAAUGGCAAUUUUACAAUCGCCACACAAAAAACUAACGUUGAGCGGUAUUUGCGAAUUCAUAAUGACAAGAUUUCACUAUUACCGUGAGAAAUUUCCCGCAUGGCAAAAUUCUAUUCGGCACAAUCUUUCGCUGAACGACUGCUUUAUAAAGAUACCACGUGAGCCUGGUAAUCCAGGGAAAGGUAACUAUUGGACUCUUGAUCCUUUAGCAGAAGACAUGUUUGAUAACGGUAGCUUUCUGCGAAGGAGAAAGAGAUACAAGCGACCAUCACCGACGAAUUUGCUACUGCGGGACCACCACAGCUCCGCAAUGGUAGCCUCAUUUUUAAAUCAGGAAAACUACCAACACGGACUGUUUUCCCACCCGAGUUUACACAACCCAUACUCAUACAUUCCCAGUUUGCCAACGAGUCUACCGAGCGGGCUGCCCUUUUUGCCUCCGUUGGAUCUGGCCCGAUUAGGUUUGGGACAUUUAAAUAUCCUUCCCCAGCCGUCUAUAUGUAAGCCGGUUCCGGUACAACCUCCCAGUGUUACGCCGGUUUCCGACGUUGACGACAUCACCAGUACCGAAAUUUACAAAAAGGCGAAGAGUGGAUUUUCGAUAGAAUCGCUUAUCGGAAGUGAAGAGGACAAACAAAAACCUUUACAUAUUGUAAAUAUACGCUCUGAAAGUCCCGAACCGAUUAAUAUGUCGCCAAAAUUUGUACCGAUUCAUAAUCAAGUUUCAGCGUUUUCUCCUUUGUCGUCAUCAGAUGAUUGGACUAGGUGAAAUUAUUCCUGUGAUGAUUGAAUCGGUAAAACUGUACGGGAUCAGGCAAGUGUAAGUGAUAGAGAUGCUCCUUGAUUUAAUCCAAAGCCAAAGAUAUUAAUUUUGUGAUUACGAAGAUGCAAUAUGUCGUAGAAUUGUACAAAUUAUAUUAUAGAGUGUGUGUGCGUAAAAUGUAUUUAAAUUAUAGAGUGACUGUUAGAAUUUCUCGUAAUUUACAAUCAUUAACAUUCCAAAUCCUUUUAAUUUUGAAGGAAUAUGCUAAAUCAGUCUCAGGCGUAUUUCUUGUGAUCGCAGAGAUUUCCUUUGUAAAA